AUGACAAACACUCGUUUAAUACUAUUUAGGCUUUCAAAUCUUGGAGAGCCUGUCAAUAACGAAAACAUCAAAAAUGGUGUGUUGACGUUGCCAGCUGACGAUUACCCACAAGGCUUCAAAUCUGGUGAUGCAUUAUUUGAAUUGCGUUUCCAGUUGAAUGCUGCUAGUCAAGUUUCAAGAAAAGGUGUAUUCCAUACAAAUGUGCCAAAAAGCUUUGACAUAGACUUUGAUAGAAAUAAACACAAUGCAUACCCGAUUGAGUCCUCCUUCCAUCAAGAUAUCACAAUUAACAUCCCGAUAUACAAACCAGGAGCUUAUAACUACUACUUUACGUAUGAAGAUGAAAACGGAAAUGAAAAGGAAACUGCCAAAUUCUACUUUAACGUGCCUCCACAUUUAGAACUCGACGGUAAAUUUGUGCCCUUUAACUCGAUAAACGUCGAAACGGUUGUUUCCAAGUGGAUUGGUCCAUAUGAGAGAUGGAACAAGUUCUUUGGAAUAGUCAAGGCUAAAGGGUACAACAUGGUCCAUUUUACACCUUUGCAACAACGCGGUGAAUCAGACUCCCCAUACUCAAUAUACGACCAAUUGAAAUGGGAUCCAAAAAUCUUUUCAGAUCAGUCGAAAGCAACCAAAGAGAUCCACAAGGUCUUGAACGAUAACAAAUUGUUGAGUAUUACAGAUGUAGUGUGGAACCACACGGCAAACAACUCCGAAUGGUUGAAAUCCGCACCAGAAUCUGGCUAUACUCAGGAUACUGCACCUCACCUCAAUGCAGCUAUUGAGCUCGAUGCCAAAUUGUUGGAAUUUAGUGAAAAAUUAGAAGAUUUGGGUUUGCCGACCGCGAUUGAGAGUGAAGACGACCUUCAAAAAAUUGUUACUGCACUCAAGUCCCAAGUCCACGAUGAGCUAAAGUUGUGGCAAUACUAUGUAUUUGAUAGAAAAAAAGAAGUUGAAAAAGUUUUGGACACUUUCAAGAGUGGGAGCGACAUCUCAAAGGCGCAGAUUCCAAGCAGUGUCAACACCAAUGACUUGAAUCAGAUUGCUCAAUAUACUCUUGAAAAUGCCAGUGACAAUAAGCAAGCUAUAUUAGGACGCAGGUUUGAGAAUGAAUUGAACCCUCGCAGUUUUCUUUCCAUUUUGUAUGCAAUUCUAGGGGACUCUGUUGAGGAAAAUGCAUUAAAAGCUAAAGUUGGUGAAAUAGUCGAUGAGAUCAAUGCGCCCUUCUAUGCCCAAUACGAUGAUGAUGUCAAAACCAUUGAUCAACAAGUUGCCGAUAGAAUCAGGUUCCUUCGUUUGGCAGAUAAUGGACCGAGAUUGGGCAAGAUUACAGAAAAAAAUCCGUUAACAGAACCAUACUUCACAAGAUUUGUCGACGCCAACGGUAAAAAACAGGCACUCGCAAACAACGGCUGGAUCUGGGGUGGCAACCCGUUGGUUGAUUUUGCAUCAAACAAGUCCAAGGCAUACUUGAGGAGAGAGGUGAUUGUAUGGGGUGAUUGUGUAAAAUUGCGCUAUGGAGCAAAGUAUGAAGACUCGCCAAAAUUGUGGGAUAGGAUUAUAGAGUACACCAAGGAAAUGGCUAGGGUAUUUAAUGGGUUUAGAAUUGAUAACUGUCACAGUACCCCAUUACCAGUUGCUGAGAGAUUAUUGGAUGAAGCUAGAAAAGUAAACCCUGAUUUGUAUGUUAUUGCCGAGUUGUUCUCUGGAUCAGAAGAGAUGGACAAAAUUUUUGUCGAGAGGCUUGCGCUUAACUCAUUGGUGAGAGAAGCUAUGCAAGCAUGGAGCGUUGCAGAAUUGUCAACAUUGGUUCACAAACAUGGUGGAAGGCCUAUUGGUUCACUUACUUGGUUGCCAUUGAGUGAGUUCUCCUACCCUGCAAGCAAAGAGCCAAAGCUUGACAGCUCCCAUGGUGGCUAUACUGAAAUGGAGAUCCCCAAGGUUUUGACUAGCACGGCACCACACGCCAUAUUUAUGGACUGUACCCACGAUAAUGAAACACCUGCACAAAAGAGAACGGUUGAAGAUACGUUGCCAAAUGCAGCAUUGGUUGCAUUUUGUUCUUCGGCAAUUGGUUCAGUAUAUGGUUUUGAUGAGUGCUAUCCACAUCUUCUCAAUGUUGUUGAUGAAAAGAGACAAUAUAGUCUUGAUGAUUCCGACAAUGUCAAUAAUGGUAUCGGUAAGGUCAAGGCCAAGCUAAACAAUAUCAGACAACAGUUGGCCGAGGAAAGCGAGGAUAUUGCACGUGACCAUGAGAUGUACAUUCAUCAUGAGGGUCAAUAUAUAACGAUCCAGAGGUAUAACGCCCGAAGUGGUAAAGGAUGGUUUUUAAUUGCGAGAACGAAAUUUACAGACCACGAAGGCGAACAAAUUUUGUCUCCCUCAACCCUUGGUGGUACUAAAGUUAAGCAUGAGUUUAGUUAUACAUUGAAAAAGGUUGGUGAAUAUGAAAAGAAUGACAAGGUUUUACUGGGCAUACCAGUACAGGUUGAAGAGAUAGAAGCACCAACCGUUGAAGACGCGAAUGGGGAUAGCAUCAUUAAGGUCAAUGAUUCAUUUAUCCCUGGGUCUAUUGCUGUUUUUUCCACAGAGAUCCCAGGAGUUGACAAGAAAUUGGACGACUAUGUGAGAAAAGGGGCUGUUGAGGCAUCAGUAAACUUGGAUUUGUAUGACCUCAACAAUUUACUCUACAGAUGUUCGCCAGAAGAGUUGGAUGCAAGUGGAGGCAAGGAGGAUGUGUAUGAUAUUCCAGGGUAUGGUCGUUUGGUGUAUGCUGGUCUCGAAGGAUGGCAAAGUGCUUUGAAGGAAGUUAUUUGGUCCAAUAACCUUGGAAGUUCCAUUUGCGACCAUUUCCGUCAAGGUAGUUGGGCAGCCGACUACGUUGUUAAUAGGUUAGAUAAGUAUGCAUCGAGCUCAAAAGGUUUGCAGCGGUUCCAAACUUGGUUGCGUGAGAGAUUUGAUGCUGUUAAAAAUGUUCCUUACUAUUUGAGGCCCCACUAUUUUGCAUUGAUUAUAGGCAUUGCUUAUGAAGCAGCUCGUUUUAGGGUGUUGAGGUUGCUCACCCCGGAGAUUCAAGUUGCUACCAAUUUUGUUCAGAGCUUGGCAUUAACAAGUGUGCAAAUGGUGGGAACAAUGAACAAUACCUCGUUGUUGCCCGAUAAGUCAGUUCCCUGUCUUGCAGCAGGCUUGCCUCAUUUCAGUAACGAUUACAUGAGAUGUUGGGGAAGAGAUGUUUUCAUUUCCUUUAGAGGGCUUUUGAUUGUUCCCGAGAGAUUUGAUGAUGCUAAGCAACACAUUCUCGCUUUUGCAAAGACUUUGAAACACGGAUUGAUUCCUAAUCUUUUGGAUGCUGGACGUAACCCGAGGUAUAAUGCUAGAGAUGCCGCUUGGUUUUUCUUGCAGGCUAUUCAAGAGUAUGUUGUUAAUGUCCCUCUGGGGGAAGAGAUUUUGAAGGAAAAAGUUUCUAGGAGAUUUCCGUUGGAUGAUAGAUAUAUUAAAUACGAUGAUCCUGAGGCAUUUAGCUAUGAGUCUUCGAUUGAAGAUAUCAUAUUUGAGAUAUUGGAGCGUCACGCUAAAGGUAUUAAAUACCGCGAAGCAAAUGCUGGUCCUAACCUUGAUUCUCAAAUGAAACCUGAAGGGUUUGAUGUCGAAGUUGGAGUGGAUUGGGAAACCGGACUCGUUCAUGGCGGGCAACAGCUCAAUUGUGGUACUUGGAUGGACAAGAUGGGAGAGAGUGAAAGAGCGCAUAAUAAAGGUAUCCCCGGUACUCCUCGUGAUGGUGCAGCUGUUGAAAUCCAAGGUUUAUUGAAAAGUGCUUUAAGAUGGGUGAAUGAAUUGAGCAAGAAGGGGCAAUUUAAACACAAGGAGGUUACAAAACCCAACGGUUCAAAGAUUACCCUUAAAGAGUGGGAGCAAUUGGUGCAAGAAAACUUUGAAAGAAAGUUUUAUGUACCUGAAGAUGCAAAUGAGGAUGGCGAAUAUGAUAUUGAUAGUUCGUUGGUGAAUAGAAGAGGUAUCUACAAGGAUUUGUAUAAAUCUGGAAAGCCAUACGAAGACUACCAGUUGAGGGCCAACUUCCCUAUUGCCAUGUGUGUAGCACCAGAGCUUUUCGAUAAACACCAUGGAUUGGUUGCAAUACGUAACGCCGAUAAGAUCAUUAGGGGACCAGUUGGAAUCAGGACUUUGGAUCCGCUGCACUACAACUACCGCCCAUAUUAUAACAAUUCUGUUGACAGUGACGAUUUUGCCACCUCCAAGGGAAGAAACUAUCAUCAAGGUCCAGAAUGGGUUUGGUGCUAUGGUUACUUUUUGAGAGCCUUUUUGUACUUUAAUUUUGCAGAAGACGAUACAUACAGCGACGGACACAAGCCUUCCAACGAGUUGUUUACAUUGUUGAAUACAAGAAUCCAGCAUCAUAUCGAGUGGAUUAAGCAGAGUCCCUGGGCAGGUCUCACAGAAUUGACUAAUAAGGAUGGUGAGCUUUGUCAUGACUCGAGUCCCACACAAGCUUGGAGUAGCUCGUGUUUGUUAGAUUUGUACUAUGAUUUGUGGAACGACAGUCGCUAUCAAGGUUGA